AUGGGUAUCAAGGGCAUUCGGACUGCUUUGAAGGUUGAUCUUGAAAAGCCGGCAAGGGAUCAGCCGGGUCUACAUAACCGUUGGCACCCGGAUGUUCCUUCUUGUGGAAGGAUUGCAAACAACGAGGUUGUAAAGAUUGAGUGUCUCGAUUGGACGGGUGGACAAAUCGGAAAUAAUGAUUCGGCCGAGGACGUGAAGAAUGUAGAUCUUACACAGAUUCACUACCUCUCCGGCCCCUUCGACAUUGAAACCGCCGAGCCUGGUGAUGUGCUGCUGGUCGAAAUCCAGGACGUGCAACCAUUCCAGGACCAGCCAUGGGGAUUUACGGGAGUGUUUCAUCAUAAGAAUGGAGGAGGCUUCCUGGAUCAGCUAUACCCCAAAGCCGCAAAGGCAAUCUGGGAUUUUGAGGGUAUUUUCUGCUCCUCCCGACACAUUCCACAUUGGAACCGUCGAGAAGGCGAGUUGAUCGCAACGAAUACGAUCGAAGAUCGAAUUGUUGCGCAGCCUGCCAACCCAAUGAACGCUCAUGCGGGUAGCGCUGGGGAUGAAAUUAAGGCGAAGGUCGCCAGAGAAGGAGCUCGAACCAUUCCAGGACGUCCCGAGCACGGCGGCAACUGCGAUAUCAAGAACCUUUCCCGUGGCUCGAAAGUGUACCUACCUGUCCACGUCCCCGGCGCAAAGUUUUCCGUCGGAGAUUUGCACUUCUCGCAAGGAGAUGGCGAAAUAUCCUUCUGUGGUGCCAUCGAAAUGGCCGGCGAGAUCACACUCAAGUUCACCGUGAUCAAGAACGGCAUGGCGAAACUAGACAUGAAGUCGCCAAUCUUCAAUGCUGGACCCGUCGAGCCGCAGUUUGGUCCUGGGCGCUAUCUCACCUUCGAAGGAUUCUCGGUUGACGAAAAUGGAAAGCAGCACUAUCUCGAUGCUACAGUCGCUUACAGACAGACUUGUCUACGGGUGAUUGAAUAUCUUCGCCGCUACGGAUAUAGCGAUUACCAGAUCUAUUUGCUUUUGAGCUGUGCACCGGUCCAGGGACAUAUCGCUGGAAUCGUGGAUAUACCAAACGCUUGUACUACUCUUGCGGUGCCAAUGGAUAUUUUUGACUUUGAUAUUCGGCCCGAAGCCGAGGUCGUGAAAAGAGAGAUGGGCGCAUGUGCCAUCACGGCUGAUUAG